CUCGGCGAUCUGGACCUAGUGGUCAUCUGAAAUUUUUCCUUCUUCUUUCCAUUGUAUUGCCCCAGUAGUCAGGAGAUCUAAUAUGCGUUACAGGGAGGCGGUAAUUGGCAUAAGCAGCAAAAUGGUAAAGCUGGCAUUGAAAGUGGGGAUUGGGGAGUAAUUGUAACCUGCGAUAUGGGAAAGGAAGGUAAAUGCAUCUCGGAGGUGCUGGAUCUCUUCUCCCAGAGCAUCGAAACGCCAGAUGCUGGGGGUCAAGAUGGUGACUCCGGCUCAGAGGACGAAGAUGAUAUCGAAGCCCAAAUCAGAAAGGAAGUCGAAGGGCUGAAGCCUAGCUCGGCCAAGCCUCGUCAGUUUCAGGCCAUCAGGCUGGACAUUCCGUGUGUAUUGUUCAUACGAUUCGAUAAGUCGAUUGAUCCCGAGAAACUAGUCCAUCAGAUCUGCGUGGAUGCGCAUGCCAACCCACACAGGAAGAGAAGUCGAUACAUCCAACGAAUGACGCCUGUCAAAUCUAUCCGAAAGACUCUCAGUGUUGAUUUAGAGGCUUUUGCGCGUGAGAUUUUAAAGCCUCACUUUCACUCCGGUGGGGGUCCCAAAAAGUUCGCUAUCCGGCCUGCGAUAAGGAGCAAUCAAAAGUUCGACAGAGACAGUCUCAUCAAAUCAGUAGCCAGUGUUGUAGGACCUGAGCAUUCUGUUGAUCUUAAAAAUUACGAUCUUAUUAUCCUUGUUGAUGUAAUCAAGAACGUGAUUGGGAUGAGUGUUGCCGGAAGUGACUACGACAAGCUGAAAAGAUACAGUCUAGCUGAGCUCUACAAACCAGCACCGAGCUCGCAGGAAGCCGAACCCAGACAGCCAACUGAUUGAAUCUCGGUUUAAACCGAUUUUCGUAGAUUGUGAGACAUUUUGGCUUGAGCGGUGGAAAUAGUGAAUGUCAACCUUGGAUACGUAAGAAAUAUUACACAAUGCAUCAUUACAGCAUCGCUCUUCUUUUCUCAAAAAAUAAAAAAUAAAUAAAAAAUAAAAUAAAAUAAAAGAGAGAGAGAGAGAGAGAGAGAAGAAAAAGAAGAAAUGUGGAGGGAGGGAGGUCCUAUGGGAAAGUAGGUACUUGAACGGCUCAUAAGCUCCUUGGUGCUUCGCAGAAUAGAGCAUAUACCGUGACCCGGUGAACACCUACUA